AAUUAUAAUAAUGAAAUUCGUUUUAAUUGUGUUUUUAGCAUUUGCUUAUGCUAAAGUAGGAUGUGAUACUGAUAACAAGGAAAGAGUAAAAGAACGUGGAAUGUCAAAAAAGAAGGAAGAUGAAUUAUUAGAAUUACAUAAUGAACAUAGAAAUGAUGUUGCUACAGGGAAAUAAAAAAACUGGUAAGGUAAAUUUUAAACAGCUUCAAAUAUGAAUUAUGUUAAAUGGGAUCAUUAAUUAGCUAAAUUUGCAUAAGACUGUACAGAUAAAUGUCCAUCCAAUUUUAAAAUUGAUUGUUCAGUUCCUCCUCAUUAUGGUUUUGUAGCAUAUUUAGGUGAUGUUGAAAAUGGUGGAGCUGAUUGGACAGCAAAGAAAGUAUUUAAGAAAUGGGCUUAAUAUGAAGAUCAUGCAAGAUAAAUUGAAACAGCUUAAGUACAAUUCUUUGGAUGUGGAAGAUCAUAAGUUAGUAGAAAAAAUGGGAUGAGUGAUGAAAUUGUUGUUUGCGUUUACAAUAGAGUAUUAUAAAUUAUUUAUAUAUUAGAAACCUAAUUUACAUGGUGAUGUCUAUAAGGCUGGAGUAGCAGGAUAAGAAUGUUUACAUGGACGUAAAAGAGGAUACUAAGGUUUAUGUAAACAUAGUGCCACUGAUAUGAGUGUCUUGAAUUUCAAACAUCAAAAAAAACAUGAUGAAUACAAAUAUAAUCAUUCAGAAGAAAAACAUCACAAAAAUCAUAAGCAUCACAAACAUAGUGAAAUUCAUUAAAAAUCUUUUUGA